AUGUACUAUCUGCUCAUCGUCCUCGCAGCCACUCUUGCUUUUGCAAGUGCUGGUGUGCUCGAACAUCCUGCUCCAGUGGCUGCCUAUGCUGCUGCUCCAGUCCAUCAUGCUGCUCCAGUAGCUGUCCACUCCAAAACAGUCUACUCUUCAGCUCCAUCUGUAUCCACAGUUUAUACAUCUCAACCAGCUCAAGUUGUACACAAGGAGGUGCAGACUUAUGCUGCUGCUCCAGCUGUACAUUACGCCCAACCUGCUGUUCACUAUUCUCAACCUGCUCCAGUAGCUUAUGCUCAACCACAAUAUGUUCAACAACAAGUACACUAUGCUCAACCAGCUGUAGUUGCCAAGGAAGUACAUGCUGCUCCAGUCGUUUCCAAGACUGUUCAUUACCAACAACCUGCUGUACACUAUGCUCAGCCUGCUCCAGUAGCUUAUGCUCAACCAGCUGUAGUUACCAAGGAAUUGCACGCUGCUCCAGUCGUGACCAAAUACUCAUCAGCAGCAGCUGUGUCUUCCACUGUCCACUACGCCCAACCUGCUCCAGUAGCUUAUGCUCAAGCUGCUCCAGUCGUUGCCAAGGCUGUUCACUAUGCUCAACCUGCUCCAGUAGCUUAUGCUCAACCUGCUCCAGUAGCUUAUGCCCAACCUGCUCCAGUAGCUUAUGCUCAUGCUGCUCCAGCAGUAGAAGUACACUCUAAGACUGUGUAUGCUCAAGCCCCACAAGUUGUAACCAAGACUGUGCAUGCUGCUCCAGCUCUCCAGCUGUCCAAUUACGCCCAAACCUACGCUGCUCCAGCUGUCCAUUACGCUGCUCCAGCUGUAACCAAGACAGUAGUUUCUUCCCCAGCUGUCCAUUACGCUGCUCCAGCUGUAACCAAGGCUCUAGUCGCCCCCCCAGCUGUCCAUUACGCUGCUCCAGCUGCUGUAGCCAAGACAGUAGUUUCCUCCCCAGCUGUCCAUUACUCUGCUCCAGUUGUGAAGACCGCCGUCGCCUACAGCCCUGCAGCAGCCGUGUCUCACUCCACUUUCCACGGCGCCCACGCCCAAUACAACUGGUGA